AUGCAUCAACGCAUCGUGCCUCAGCUAGGAGCUGUGGCUGCUCUUCUUGCUGGCCUCGGCUUUGCUGAGCAGUAUACUCCGAAACAUGAAGCUGGAAGAUGCGCCUUCCGCGGCCACUGUGGAAAGCAGAGCUUUUUCGGCAAAGAACUUCCCUGUGUCGACAAUGGUUUGGCUGAAGAUCCCGACCAAGAGCUUCGUAACGAACUCGUCGAACUUUGCGGCCAGAAAUGGAAGACCGGACCUGUUUGCUGUAGCCUGGAUCAAGUCAAAGCACUCAAGUCCGAACUUGGUACACCAAGUACACUCAUUGGGUCUUGUCCAGCUUGCAAAGACAACUUCUUCAACCUCUUUUGUACAUUCACAUGUUCUCCGGACCAGUCUCUUUUUAUCAAUGUGACCGAUUCUGCCCCCAAGAAUGGCAAGCAGCUCGUAACAGAACUCGACCAGCUCAUUUCAGAGAAAUAUGGUUCUGGUUUCUAUGACAGUUGCAAGGAAGUCAAGUUUGGCGGCGCAAACAGCAAGGCGAUGGAUUUGAUUGGUGGUGGCGCUAAGAACUAUACCGAGAUGUUGAAGUUCCUUGGAGACAAGAAACCUCUGGUCGGUUCUCCUUUCCAGAUCAAUUUUCCGACUGGUUACAGCGACCACGACCUCCACCCAUUGGACAUGACACCGAAGAAAUGCGAUGAUGAGGACCCCGACUACCGCUGCGUAUGUGUCGACUGCCCCGGUGUCUGCCCGAAGCUCCCAGACGUCAAAGACUCAAAGUCUUGCAGAGUCGGUCUUUUGCCUUGCCUCUCAUUUGCUUCUAUCUUCGUGUAUAGCGUUUUGCUGUUGACUCUGAUUCUCGCUGUCUUUGGCCACAUCGCAUACAAAAAGUAUUCUCAGCAUCGUGUUGAAAGGACAAGACUGUUGCAUGAAUCUUCGCAUAGCGAUGAUGAAGACGAAGGCGGUCCAGUUGACACGGAGGCGAUGCGUGAGCGCCCAACUAAGAGGUAUUGGGUCAACGAUAAGUGCGACAAGGCUUUCUAUCAGCUCGGUCACAUUGCAGCUCGAUUCCCUGGGUGGUGCAUUGGUCUAAGCCUGCUCUUCGUUGCCAUCCUCAGUGUUGGAUUGUUCCGUUUUGACCUUGAGAACGAACCUGCCCGCCUUUGGGUGAGCCCCUCUUCUGCUGCUGCACAAGAGAAGGCCUACUUCGACAGCAACUUUGGACCCUUCUACCGUGCCGAGAAGGUCUUUCUUGUGAACGAUACAGAUCCUUCUGGGCCAGGACCUGUUCUAACUUACGAUACCCUGAAAUGGUGGAUUGAAGUUGAGGAGAGCGUCAAGAAGAUCGAGAGCCCUGUCUAUGGAAAAUACUUCCAGGAUCUCUGCUUCAAACCCUCCAACGAUGCCUGUGUCGUGCAGUCUGUUUCAGCUUAUUGGCACGCCAAGGGUGGAUUUGACCCCAAGUAUUGGAAAGAGGACCUCCGCGCAUGCGCCAAGAGCCCCGUGGAUUGUCGACCAGACUUUGGACAACCCAUCGAACCCAACAUGAUCUUUGGUGGUUACGACGGCGAUGUGGUUGACGCCCAUGCUAUCACUGUGACCUGGGUUGUUAACAAUGCUCAAGAGGGAACCGAUGCCCUUGCAAGGGCUGUUGAUUGGGAAAACUCCCUCCGCGACCGACUCCUCGAGGUUCAACAAGAAGCCAAGGAGCGUGGCCUUCGCUUGUCCUUUAAUACUGAGAUUAGUCUCGAGCAGGAACUUAACAAGUCGACCAACACAGACGCAAAGAUUAUCGUCAUCAGUUACAUCGUUAUGUUUAUUUACGCUUGCAUGGCGCUUGGAACCCCCCUCAAGCAUAUCUUCCGCAAUCCUGCUGUGCUCUUGGUUGAGUCCAAGGUAACGCUUGGCCUCGUUGGAAUUCUUAUUGUACUCAUGUCGAUUGCUGCUUCUAUUGGGUUCUUCUCAUGGGUUGGUCUAAAAGCUACACUCAUCAUCGUUGAAGUCAUUCCCUUUAUUGUUCUGGCUGUUGGUGUGGACAAUAUUUUCCUGAUUGUCCAUGAACUCGAGAGAGUCAAUGUCAGCUUUCCUGACCAAAUGGUCGAGGAGCGAGUUGCAAGAGCCCUGGGCCGUAUGGGACCCUCCAUUCUCUUUUCUGCUCUCACAGAAACCGUCGCAUUUGCUCUCGGUACUGCCGUUGGCAUGCCGGCUGUUAGGAACUUCGCUGCAUACGCUGCAGGUGCUGUCUUUGUCAACGCCGUGCUUCAGAUGACCAUGUUCGUCUCCUUCCUUUCCCUUAACCAGAUGCGGGUUGAAGACCAUCGCUGUGAACUGUGGCCCUGGUGGCAGAUCACUAAGGCUAGAAUCCACCUUAAUGGUGCCAGCAGUUUCUCUCAGGGAAGUAGCCGUGGCUCAGACAUGGCCGAAGAGAGCUUGCUGCAGGUCUUCAUCAAGAACACAUAUGCUCCACGGCUUCUUGGGAAGAAGGUCAAGCUUGCCGUCGUCGCAAUUUUCCUUGGGCUCUUUGCAGGUGGACUGGCGCUUUUACCAAAGAUCCAACUUGGCCUUGAUCAGCGAGUUGCUAUCCCUGAUGAUUCUUACCUGAUCCCCUACUUUAAUGACCUAUACGAGUAUCUGGAGACUGGACCCCCAGUGUAUUUCGUGACCCGCGAAGUUGAUGCCUCCAAGCGAGAACAGCAGCAAGAAAUUUGCUCGAGAUUCACGACUUGCCAGGACCUUUCUCUCACGAACACACUUGAGCUUGAACGACAGAGAUCAGAUAUUUCUUAUAUCUCUUCACCCGCCGCCAGUUGGAUUGACGACUUCUUCCUCUGGUUAAAUCCCAUUUAUGACCAAUGCUGUGUGGAGCAUGGCCAAACCUGCUUUGCUGAUCGCAAGCCAGCAUGGAAUACUACACUCUACGGCAUGCCUGAGGAUGAAGAGUUCAUUCAUUAUCUCAAGAAGUUUCUUUCAAGCCCUACCGGCGAUGAAUGCCCUCUCGCUGGGCAGGCCGCGUAUGGCCAGGCUGUUGUUCUUAAUGAUAAGGGCAACCAUGUCAAGUCCACACACUUCAGAACCAUGCAUACUCCUUUGAGAAGUCAGGAAGAUUUUAUUGCCGCAUACUCCGCAGCUCGUCGCAUCGCUUCUGAUAUCAAAGAAAGAACAGGCGCGGAUGUUUUCCCCUACAGCGUCUUCUACAUCUUCUUUGACCAAUAUCUUAGCAUUGUACCGUUGACAGCUGUAUUGUUGUGUGCCGCUGUUGGCAUAAUCUUUGCUGUUGCGACCGUACUCUUGGGUUCAUUACUCACGGCAGCUGUGGUUUCUGUCACAGUUGUGAUGAGCGUUGUGGACAUCAUGGGUAGCAUGGCACUGUUCAACGUGUCCCUGAAUGCUGUUUCUCUGGUCAAUCUCAUCAUUUGCGUUGGUAUUUCUGUUGAAUUCUGUGCUCAUAUCGCCCGUGCGUUCAUGUAUCCUUCCCGCACAGUGAUGGAAGGCAAUAGUAAUGCCUUCCGUGGUCGUGAUGCCCGGGCUUGGACUGCUCUUGUUAACGUCGGAGGAUCUGUUUUUUCGGGCAUCACCGUCACAAAGCUUCUUGGUGUCUCUGUACUCGCCUUCACGCGAUCAAAGAUCUUCGAGAUCUAUUACUUCCGAGUUUGGCUGUCUCUGGUCAUAUUCGCCGCCCUCCACGCCUUAGUCUUUUUGCCCGUUGCGCUAAGCAUCGCUGGCGGUCAGGGCUAUGUCGACCCAGAGAGUGAAGGAACUGCUGCACAAGACUUGACCGAUAGGAGAUGGCGAGCUAUCAGGAUUAAUGAUAACAGUGACUCGGAGGAAGAAGAGUCUUAG